CCCCCCCCCUUCCCCAAAAAUCCUCCUUAUCUCUGCGUUGGGAAUGUGUGCAGGGUGGAAUCCGCUCAGGUUGCCCGCGGAGGGAGGAAGGUGCUAAGAAAGAAAAACAGAAUAAUCAUUCAAGGUCUUUGGCUAGCAACCUCACUGCAUUUUCCAGGUUUGGGAAAUAAUAGACCUGGAUUUUUAUUGUUAUUUGUCAAUUAGAUUGCAAUUAGAAUAUAGGAUACUAGUAAAGUGUCACACAGUCCAAAUAUUUCUGCCACAAUAAGAUGUCUUCAGCACCGCAACCUCCAGACGUACAACAUGAAGUACCCAAAAAGAAAGAUUAUCGAAUUCCGGGCCUCCGAAGUGUCCAAACAACUACUUUGUUCCGUGCUGUGAAUCCAGAACUUUUCAUUAAACCUAACAAAACAGUGAUGGCUUUUGGCCUUGUGACAGUUACUCUUUGUGUAGCUUAUAUCGGGUACUUGCACGCACAACAAGAAAACAAAAAGGAUCUCUAUGAAGCUAUUGACAGUGAAGGAAACAGACUUAUGAAACGCAAAACUUCAAAAUGGGACUGAAAAAACUCAGUGUCCAUUUAAAUAUCAACAUGGAAGACGAUGUUCGAUUUUAUGUAUGGCAACUUUCAGGAUUUUGUCUGAAGCAUUAGCAUUUAUUUUUAUACAAUGAAUGCUUUUUAAAACCAAAUAUUACAGUUUAAACACCAGGAUGAAAUGCUGUUAUUGAUCAAUAUUUUGAGUAAAGCCCAUUAUAAGAAAAGA